AUGGAGUUGAAUUUGCAACAACGAGUUUGUAUUAAAUUUUGUGUUAAAAAUGGAUUCAAUGGUGCGAAAACCAUGGAAAUGUUGGGAAACUGUUUCGGCAGUGGUGCUCUAAAGAAAACAACCGUUUACGAGUGGCAUGAACGCUUCAGAAGUGGUCGUGAAUCCGUCGAGGAUGACAAACGCAGUAGCAGGCCGUCGAAAUCGAAAACCGACGAAAACAUCAAUAAAGUGAGAAAAAUGUUGAUCAAUAACCGCAAAUUAACUAUCAGAGAGCUGGCAGAGGACUUAAACGUUGCUUAUGGAUCCGUUCAGGACAUUGUAGUUAAUGAUUUAGAUUUUUUAGGCGCCGUGUUGCUGCAUAGUUGGUCCCGAAGGAACUGA